AUGGGCUUUUGUGCGCUAGUCGUCCGUUUCUUUGUGAAUAGCUUUGUCUGGGCUGCAUUUUGUGAAAUAUUCCUGAAAUAUCUCCGACUUACCAUCAUCACUCUAAUCGUUGAUCAUUUUCUUCAAUUGACUUAUAUGGUUGCCAUCAUAGUCAUUGAUUUGCAUAGAAUUGACUUGACUGAUGUUCUCGCAAAAGCGACAAUCGAAAACGAUUUAGAAUUACCUAAUUUACAUGAAGUAAAUCCAUUGUCAGCUAGACUCCUCGAGCACAAAUCAGAUGGGAAAUAUUCAUGGAAUCACAAGUUGGGAACUUAUCUUCUAAAAGUUUCACCGCAUUCCCCAAAAUAUCUUUGGCUGAAAAUCAUUCCUCUGCUUUGUAUGUGUGCAAGUGUUACAAUUGCUAUUCAUACUCACCUAGUGGAGAAAGGACAUAUAAACGAAUUCUUGAGUUUGUUCAAGUCAAGUACUAUCAUUGCGGACAAGAUCGAUGCAUUAUAUUUUUUCGAACUUUUCACCGUUAUCACAAUCAUAAUUGCCAUCUCCGAAAUCACGUUUAGGCUAAAAUUUUCUGAGGCUCAAAAACAGAACCUAAAUUCCGUUGUUAUCUUGGGUCAAACUGAAAUGCAGUUCUCCGACUUGUCGCAUAUUGAUAGUACUCGCAAAUUUGAAGCGAUAACUUUAGACGAGUGUAACUCUUCAGACAAGUUGGGACUUUUUGCUAAUCCCAAAGCACCAUUCCUUGUCACCACUGAUUUAGACCACCACAUUUCAUUAUGGUCUCCCUUAGAAAAAAAUCAAGAGAUCGGGGUGGUGGAUAUUUCAACUGAGUUCGAAAACAACAUAGUUGCACCAAAGAAAAGACAAGAGUUUUGGCCGGUGAAUCAUGUGGAAAUCAGCAAUGAGGGCGAUUACAUCAUGCUCAUUAAUAACAGAAAUUGCCGUAUUAAGUGUUACAGCAAAAAUGAACAAAAGUACGUCUGGGAAAUAUCUUUGACAAGCGAACUUUCCCAAGCACAGAGAAAGAUGAAGCCGGUCUUGUGUUUCUUUCGAAAAAAGACAGUUGCUGGAUUCUUUGCAAGAGAGCUCUUGCUGAGACGUAAAAAACUAUCUGGUGGAAGCAAGCGAGGUUCUGAUGCAUCGCUUUGCACUAUGCAUGGAAAUUAUCCCCCACCUUUGAUGACUGGAACCUUUAAUAACUCAUCGUCGGCAAAAAAUAAUUCCGGAAGAGAAUACGAAGAUGCUUUCAAUCGCGAAGAAUUCGUCAUGAUUUUGGAAACUGGUGAAAUGAUUACCAUCUCUUGUGACUCUGUGAAGGUAAAAGUAUACAACUUGUUGGCUGAAGUGUUCUCUGAUGAACCAUCCUCUGCUGAUUUGAAAAUUCUCUCGCUGAAGUUCUUGAUAACAGCACGUGUGAAUGAUCGGGUCAUUUGCUCAAUUUCGAACGAUGAGAUUGUGAUUGGCUCAGCUGUGAACAACAUUUGGAGAUUCUCAAAGCUCAAAACCAACAAAUACUUUGUUUCUAAUUCGCUGAUUAAUUUCGCCCCUCCUUUGAUGACAAGAGGAACUUGGUUGCCUUCAGAAAAGCACUCCAAGUCACACAUAUUUUCCGAAAAUAUGCAUAGGCAAGGAAAUACUGAGGCUCACCGAGACGUGGAUUAUGGACUUGGCAAAUUUGGAUCUAUGAACGAAUCAACUAUUGUCACAAUUGAUUUCGUUGGGAUGUUUGUUCGUGUAAGGAAUCUUCAAGCCGAACUAAUCGAUAUUCAAACUGGUACUGUGCUACGGCUUUUUCACAUAGGAACGUUUAAGCCUGGCACGUUCCGCGUUUCUCAUUCAGAGCCCACCCAUUGCAAAUUUUGCGGCUGUGUUUCAUUUGAAUCCGUUUCUUUGAUUUACGAGGACCUUUAUGAUCGAACACUUAUAGUUCACACCUUUCAGCUCGAAAACAAAAAGUCCAGAAAUAACAUAUGCUUAAGAGUUGAGAGAGAUCCGCUUGAAAUCCGUUGUUUGGGUUUCGAUGCUGCCGUGGAAAAACAAUAUUGGUUCGACAACAUUGAAAAGUGGGAGCUUACCGAUAUGAAUGUCAUCGUUGGAAUAAAAAAGGUGAUGUCCGAUGAACAACAACUUGACGAUUCCGGUGAUCGCAGUUUUGAUAUUGACAAGUCGAACGGCGAUGUAUGUCUUUCUUCCCUUCGAAACCGGAAAAGUACAAAGCAACCACACAGAGGACAAGACAAAUUACACAUAUUCAGUAAUCAGUGGCAAGGAAUUGUUGUCACGGCGCUGAACGGUAAGAUAUUAGAAUACGAUAUCCCAAUGAGAGACCUGUUAGACAAAAAUGGUUAUUUCAUGCGGCCAACUCUCAUCACCAAAUUUGGGUUCAAAGCUGUUGCUAUCGCUUUCGGUUGUGUUGUAAAAAUCGUUUAUCUUGGAAACGAUAAACUCAUUGAGAACGACCUUUAUUACUCAGGCUCUGCAUCCACGAUAUCCCCCCUCUUGAACUCUAGUUCCGACGGCGGUAAACACCUGAAUGAGUUGUUGUUCAUUAACAAGAGAAGAAGAACGAUCGAGAGAAGAUUUGCGAGAUCUAACGAUUACAAGACCUAA